AUGGUAUUGUUACUAAGACUCACGUAUGCAGCAGUGGUCUGGUGGUCAAGGGCGGAAAAGGUGGAGGCAAGGAACCUGCUCAAAAGCCUACAGGGAGGAUACCUGAGGGCUACAACAGAGGCCAUGAAAACUACACCAACUGAGGCGCUACAAGUAGCACUCAGUAUUCCGCCCCUAAACCAGAUGAUCAAAUAUACAGCCAGGCAAAUAGCAUACAGAUUAAAAUGUCAAGAUGUAGACACUUGGUUCACGGAUAUAUCAGGAGCAAACGGUCGAUAUGGAACAGGUACGUAUGAGCUCAAUAUUAACCAUGAGGUAAGCAUACCAAUGGGUGAGCUGGCCAUAGUGUUUCAAGCUGAAGUGCUGGCCAUCCUAAAAUGUGCGAAACUCCUAUUAAAGGGGAAAAGCAGAAAACAAAUAUACAUUUACACAGAUAGCAGAGCAGCUAUUGAAGCACUUACAAGAACCUCCACAGAAUCAUCUGUGGUAUGGGACUUACCUGGACAUCAGGGUAUACCUGGAAAUGAGAGAGCGGACGAACUGGCAAAGCUGGGUACUGAAAAGGUCCCAACUGAACAGAUCAUCGGGGUCCCAUUUUCAGCUGUAACAAAAACGAUCAAAGAGUGGCUGAAAUGGGAGCACUCGAACUCCUGGAAGGAAGCAGAGGGCUGUAAACGAGUCAAAUAA